AGGCUCACAUUUUAAACAGUGAAGUAUCUGUCCCUCCAUGUUUGUCAGUGUCACGUAGCUCAGUCUAAUUAGCUACAAGUGCUCAUAGUAGUUCCCUGUCCCCCUGCACAGUGAGUGCGGUCUUACUGGUCUCACGUCCCACAUUCAAUAUGUCUGCCAGGAGGGUCCACAUUUGCUCAGUAGGAAUGCGGUAGGCGGGGCUGCUAGUGCUAGUGUCAAACUUUGGGAAUGACAGGAGUGCUGCAGGAUUCGCAAAGAAGGGGAAGUGUCGCCCUUGUUGGUCCUGUUUGGAUUACUUUGACUUCUUUUCACGUACAGUCUUUGGAUUCACCAUCUUUCUACAGAUAGCACGCCCCCCCCAGCAGACUCCUCAGCCAUGUCGGAGGACCUGAGCUCCCAACCCUGGUCCAUCAACAAAGAUGAUUAUGAGCUGCACGAGGUGAUUGGGAGUGGGGCCACCGCAGUGGUUCAAGCAGCCUGCUGUUUACCACGCAAGGAGAGGGUGGCCAUCAAACGCAUCAACCUAGAGAAGUGCCAGACCAGCAUGGACGAACUCCUGAAAGAGAUUCAGGCAAUGAGCCAGUGCCAUCAUCCCAACAUCGUGUCUUACUACACCUCGUUUGUGGUGAAAGACGAGCUGUGGUUGGUCAUGAAGCUGCUCAGUGGUGGCUCAGUGCUGGACGUGAUCAAGCAUAUCAUCUCGCGAGGCGAACACAAGACAGGCGUCCUGGACGAAGCCAGCAUAGCCACGGUGUUAAAAGAUGUGCUGGAGGGCCUGGAGUACCUACACAAGAACGGACAGAUCCACAGGGAUCUUAAGGCUGGAAACAUUCUCCUCGGGGAUGAUGGCUCAGUGCAGAUUGCAGACUUCGGCGUCAGUGCCUUCCUAUCCACAGGUGGUGACAUCACUCGAAACAAAGUACGCAAGACGUUUGUGGGAACGCCGUGUUGGAUGGCCCCAGAGGUCAUGGAGCAGGUCAGGGGUUAUGAUUUCAAAGCAGAUAUUUGGAGCUUUGGGAUCACAGCCAUCGAGCUUGCAACGGGGGCCGCACCUUAUCACAAAUACCCACCAAUGAAGGUCUUGAUGCUGACCCUGCAGAAUGACCCUCCAUCGCUGGAGACCGGCAUCACAGACAAGGAGACAGUAAAGAAGUACGGCAAAUCCUUCCGGAAGAUGAUCUCCAUGUGUCUACAGAAGGACCCAGAGAAAAGGCCAACAUCCUCCGAGCUGUUGAAGCAUAAAUUCUUUCAGAAAGCAAAGACCCACGAGUAUUUACAUGAGCGGUUACUUCAGAGAGCACCCACAAUAACAGAGAGGUCGAAAAAGGUGCGUCGAGUGCCGGGUUCCAGCGGUCGGCUGCAUAAAACAGAAGACGGCGAAUGGGAGUGGAGUGACGAUGAGCUAGAUGAAGAAAGCGAAGAAGGCAAACUAGCUGUAGCGGCCUUAAGGUCUCCAAGAGUGAAGGAAGGAUCACAGAACUCAGAGGUUUUCCAGACUCCUGAUCCUCUAAGUAGUCAACCCCAGUCAGCUGCCCCAGCUCCGGCAGAACUACCUCAGGUUGUAGGCCAGGUUCCACUGCAGCCCACACCAGCCAACACUCAAUCCACUGCCCAGGCUGCAUCUCCAACACCAGGCGCACCCACUGCUACUGCUGCUGCUGCCCCCACACAGGCUCCAGGAGACGCUAAGGCUCCUAUUAGUUUGGUAUUAAGGUUAAGAAAUUCGAAGAAGGAGCUUAAUGACAUCCGCUUUGAAUUCAUGCCAGGAAGAGACACAGCAGAUGGCGUGUCACAGGAGCUGGUGUCAGCAGGCCUGGUGGACGGGAGAGACUUAGUAAUUGUUGCUGCAAAUUUGCAGAAAAUAGUUGAUGGACCUCAAGCCAAUAAAAAUGUCACUUUCAAACUGGCUUCUGGAAUAGAGGGAUCUGAAAUUCCAGACGACGUCAAACUGAUGGGCUUUGCUCAGCUCAGCAUUAGUUAAACUGUUGUUCUACCUGGGACCGUGACUUGCCUAAAAAAUGUGAAAAUUAAAAAAAAAAAAAUAGUUUAUUGCAUAUUUUCUUUCUAUGGCUGUAAAGAAACCACUACUGCCAAAGAAAACAGUACCGUUUUGUCAUCCAUAGGAUCAUUCGACGCCGCCUCUUUGAAUGGUUGGUUGGCUGAAGUAUCAGAGUGAACAGUGUCAGAAUCCAUUAAAACAAGUUUACAGCGUAUAUGUAGAAGGAUGCAAGUAUCUUCAACAGACAGUUUUCAUUCUGGUCUCCCUCAUUCUGUUAUUGUUUCUCUCUAAUAUGUGAUGCAUUUGCACAAUCCAAACUAACGCCCUUGAAUCCUGAUAAAUGUAACAAUGCCUUAUAUUCAUCGGAACUACUGAAUGCACGUUUUUUGGGACGUCCCCAGUUACCAUAUGGAGCAUUAUGUUAUCUGACAUGUACACAUGGUUUCAGAUGCUAAUGUGAAACUUUUUACGUACUUUGAUAGAGAAGAAGAAAAAAGAUGCCAGUUACUAAAUCGGUUAGAAUUCAAAUUAAAGACACUUUACUGAAAUGAUUUAUCGUCAAUGAAUGUCGGAACGAAAGAAGGGCACAUUUCACUUUCUCAAUCCACUUUACUAUAUUGGGCUCUCAGCUUCAGACCUAUUAAUUAAAAUAAUCAGAUGUGUCACAAUUAUAGUCUUUAAAAAAAAUCAACACAAACAUUGUAAUGGGUCCUAAAUGUAUUCCUUGUAAUAAACAUUGGUUCAAAGGGUCACCAUUAUAUCAUUUCAUGAUAAUUGGACGUUAAAAUCAGCAUAUAAUUAACUGCAGAGGGUUAUCUUAAAAAUAAGGGCAUUGUGAUUUAUAUGAAAUGUUACUCAAACAUAGUAAAACAUAAUAAACAUGCCUGGGACUAUUUUCAGCUGUGGAACACUACACAUUUUGUUAUCUGGUGAAUAGUACCAGCAGAAUGAAUCAAUGCCCAUGUUCAUCUUUAAGCUCCUUUGACGAGUUUUGAAGUAGUUUUGAAACAGACUGAAGGAAACAAUAGGGCUUCUUUAUGAUCCACAAAAGCAAACUAGACUAUUUGCAAAAAGAUUGAUGAUUCAUACACACGUACAGGACAAGGUCAGAAAAAGAGAUGAAGUUUCACUUUGUCCACAGGGGGCGCCAAAAUCGACACAAAAAAUGAGUUCCUCAUAAAGGUCAAAUAAAAGCAGAAUAGUGCAACCUUAUGGCUCGGUUCAAAUAAUUGAGAAGAGCCUCUGUCUGAUUAGAAAGUCAGAGUGAGCCAUUAAGUCAUGUAAAGAGUUUCACAGCGGCUGACAUCACGUGUCGUGUAAGCAGAAAUGUCUGUUGGUAUCAGUUGUGUCUGUUAAGAGUCUAAUUCUUAAAAAAAACAACUUAAGUGCAUUUUUGUUUUUGUGGAUGAAACAUAAGUACUUGAUUUAACCUCUAAUGUGUAAAUAAUAACAUCUGGCUUUGAUUUGUUUUUAUACUCUGUGUUUCACUCUUGGCCUUUUUUCUGUCCUAUGACACGAUUGUGGGUUGUAGCACUGCGUAAAAGGAAAAAACGACGACACUGCAGAUUUGGCUUUGAAUUCUCAUUCUUUUGAUGGACACUUAUUUUGUGUCAUGUACGGCGCUUAUUUACCUUUACUCUUAAAGUUUUUCACUUUUUGCCUUUAAAAAGUUGGUUAUAUUUUAAAGCAAUAGCUGUAUUGCUGCAGUUGCUUUGAGUCUGUCCACUUUAAAUUUCACCUAAUUUUGAGCCAAGUAUCAGAAACAUUGUCUCUAUCUCUUCCAAGUGGAGGCUGUUUACAGAACUUAUUUAACCCAUGUCAUACUGAAGUCAGACAGCUGCUUUAUCAACUUGUUAAUAGUUAUUUUUAAACGGCUAAAGUUAAUAUUUUACGUCAUCCUGUUUGGAAAAGAUUAUCUAUGAUUGUAGACGUUUUGAAAGGUGAGAAAUAUGUCUAGGCCUUGGAUUCAAAGGCUGGUAUCAGUACAAAUGUGACAUCCCUGAAUAUUUGUGUGCAUUGAGACAUGGAUUUAUUGAAUGUGCAUCUGUUAUUUAACACCAAUGGCAGCAGGAUGUUGAUUAAUUUAACACUCUGCUCUCAUGCGCAGAUCUGAAACGCCAGCAAGGUUUUACUGUUUAAUUUGGUCAUGUGAUAAUGUAAGACCCCUCCAGAUGCCAAAUUGAAUGAAAUGAAUGAGUUUCUUCUUUGCAGAGAAAUGUCAAAAGGAAAUCAUUGUAUAUGAAAUGUUAAAUUUUACGCUAGCCUUAAAUUGAAAUUGACCAAGUGUGUUUUUUUUCUUUUCUUUGACAUAACCUCAAGGUUUUAAUUCAGAUAGUCUGUGUCUUUGAAAUGUACUUCUUGUUAUACAUCAGAGAACACCUGAGGUGAACACUUCAGGUGUCCCUCCUCAAACGAGUGCGACAAAGUCAGCAACCCAAUGUUAUAGUUUCAGUUCUUGGUGCCAUUUUCCUGGUUUAGUCUGUGGCUGACAGCAGACAAGAACAGGAUACAUUUGUAUGAGCCCUGUAAGAAUGUGUGUGUGUGUGUGUGUGUGUGUGUCUGUGUGUCUGUGUGUGUGUGUGUGUGUGUGUGUGUGUGUGUGUGUGUGUGUGUGUGUGUGUGUGUGUGUGUGUUGCAUAGAUUGAGCCCUGCUCCUUAUAGAGUUAAGAUCUAAUGGCUUUGUUCUCAUCCUUUCUUCAGCAGUCUCUUUCUCUGUCCGGCUUACAUGUAGUCUAACAAAGCUGUAGCAACUGAACAGAUGACCGGCAAAAAGCCCUUUUGUCCAGGCAAUAACUCAUCAAGGCUGUAAAAUAUUUGAAUUCUCCUCCUGUUCUCAGUUCUUUCAGUUUCAGUCUUUCAUUUGCUCUAUUUUUGAUCGUUUUGGAGUUCAAAGCAUGUUUCUCUUGAUUAUUUUUAAUCAAUAAAGGAUGAGCAUAUCAGACAA